CAAAUGAGACUAAACGUAACAUUUUUGUUUUGGGGAGACGUAGAUCCGCCAUGAUGGUGGAGAAUAACGAAGUUGAGUUUCUUACGGCGUAUAAACGGUAAAUAUAUAGCAAAAUAACUUAUUAAAGUACGAUUAAUCGUUGGUUUUAGUAUCGGAUACUUGUAGAUCGCAUAUAUUUCGCAACGGAUAAAGAAAUGACCCGUCGACGACGAACGCCAAGUUGCUGCAAAACGACAAACGAACAGUCACGUGGUGUUGCAGAUUUAAUAGUAAAAUGCAUUUAAACGAUAAUUUUCCAUUAAAAUAUACGCUAAACAAAUAUAAAUCUGAAUAAUUUGGCAAAUUGUAAUAAGGAUUUGGCCAGAGCGGAAGUGAAUACGACAGACGACUAAAUCAAACCUGGUCACGUGGUCAUUCAUUGUUGAAACGCGCCAUUUCGAGGCGUUGUCUUGGAUUCAAAUAGUAAUAGAGAUUUUCGGCUGCGGAUUUCACUUUUUGUGAAAUGGAUGCUGUUGCGAGGUACUAUUAGGAUAUGUUGCUUAGUAGUUAUGGCACCCGCCCUUGUAAAGGCGGUUAAUAUCUUGGUUAAGUACUCGUUACAGAUUGAUUCAUUUAACAGCACGCAUUGUGUCAUUUACUGCCUCGUCAACGUGUGCCUCAUCGAUUUAAUUGGCUUCGCAGCCUUACCAGUUGAGUCCACUGGUCGUUAUAUUUUUUGUUUCUGGAUACUCUUUAGCCCGCAUCCAUCUAAAAUAGACACUUCGGAUGGGUGGAGAUCAAAAGACCGAAGCCAUCCGAAUGGAGUAGGUGAUUGCGCACCUAUUUUUUGUAAUCUUAUGAUGAAUAGAGAUAUUUCUCCUGUACGGGACAGUAUGGGUCUUCUCAGUGCAAAUACGUCUUUAGAUAGCGAUUUUAAAGUGCGUCCCAGUUUAGAACAUCAGUCUGCUUUUGGUACCGUCGAACGGGAGUUGCUGGUGAUGUCUCCGAGAGAAUUAGAAGACCCCUCCGAUCUUACCGUCUUUGGAACUGUUUCGAAUGAUGUGGACCGGCGACCUCCCACCCCGCCGGAGAGCAGACCCGGCUCCGUUCCGAUGGGCGGACUAAAUACUCCGGCGGCAGAACUUAAGAAGAUCGAAAGUCGGACCGCCGCUCUAAAGAGAAGGGCGGAAAAUCUGAUCAGAAGGUUACGCAGAUUGGAAGCGGAAAGUGUGGAGUUUCACGUGACCAGACAGCUGCGGGCUUUUGUGGAUCAUCAGCAAAAGAGCUUGGGAAUUUCGUGUCAGAAGAAAGCUUAUCAUCUAUCUAAUAGAGGAAUUAAGGAUUCUAAUAUUUUUAAAACAGAGUUUUUACAGAACGAAGAUGUGAGAAACCUGUCGACUGCCGCUUUAGUGAAAUUAGUGAGAAAGUUAGAAUCUCGUGAAACCACAAAGUUACUAUCGCUACACAAAGGAAUACUGCUAGACGUCGAGAAUCGUGUGAAUAACGAAAAAGUGAUUUUAAAAUUUAAUUCCGAAGUAUCCACAGAAAUGAAUAGAACGGCAGGGACUUUAAUAUCGAAUUUGAAACAUCUCGAAUUUUGUAUGGAUUCCGAUGUGACGGAAAGCAGUUCGGGAGGCGAAAGUUGCAGCGAAGACGAGGACGACGGAAGUGUCGGCAAGAAAAAUACUCCGCCAAGCAUUCACAAAAGAGCAGAGUGGAAGUGGGCAGUGAAUCGUACUGCUGUGGCAAGAAGAUGGAUCUGGUUACAGGCCCAGGUUUCUGAUUUGGAGUAUCGUAUCCGUCAACAGAAUGAAAUAUACUGUCAACUGAGAGCUUCUAAACACUGUGUGCUUCUAGAAGAUAAUGUUUCUUCAACUACUGAAAAUUUUAAUUCAUCCAAUCUUUCUUCUGAUGUAAAUAUCCAAUCUAUCAAGAAAAAAGGUGAUUUGUCUUAUCUAUCGGGAUCAUCUAGUAAGAAUAUAGGAAACAAUUUGCCAUUGGUUAAUAAACAUUUAAAAUCCGUAAAUGGAUUUUUUGAUUCAGGUACUAAUGGAUAUCAUUCAGUUUGUGGUGUACUUAGUGCAAAUUCAAACUCUGGUCAGGGUUCAGAACAGAGGGGAACACAAAGUGUGAAUAAUUCCUUAUCCCACAUAUACGAUUCUGUACAUAAUUCGUGUAGAACACGUCCCGUUAAAAGUUUCAAGAAAAGAAAAUUAUAUAGAACUGCUGGUCUUCAUUUGAUUAAUAAGAAGGUGUCAGGUCUUUCUACAGUGAAAUGUAAUUGUAACUGUCAAUGUGAAAUAUCAUCAUGUGCUAUGUGUGGUGGAAGAUACAAUAACCUACAAACAGUGGAUGAAGAUAAGCCAGUUUUUGAGAGGAUAGCUAUAUUAGAUCCAUCAUUUCAUCCUGUCUUGUCUUUUAAUCACGUGAUGACUGAUUCCAAAUGUGUGGAGUGCAGAACACACAAUGCCUUCUUUGUUGCAGAGUUGCCAUUUUUGUUCACACCACUUCUAGAAGUAGUAGACCAAAAAAAAGAAAUGUUUAAAUACAAGUGGAAAUCACAUUAUUCACUUCCUAAGUCACUCAAUUACCAAGCAAAAAAGCACUCUUUCAAAUUAGCAAGAAAUGCAGCACAAACACUUUUGUCUUCAGCAAAAUUUCGAAAAAAUUUCUGUGGGCGUAAACAUGGAACGUGUAAAAAACUGGUGGCAUCUAAGAAGAGAAGAGGGAAAAUUGGAAGAAGAAAACAACAUGAUUUUGAUUUAUUGUUACCUCAGAGAAAAAGAAAAUACAGAAGACGGAGCCUAUCUGUUGCAUCAAGUGGAAGUUCAAAACCCAGCUCACCUAUUCCUGGUUCAAGUUAUACAAAUGUUGAAGCUGCUGGAGGUAUUUAUUCUAAUGGAAGACCAUCAAUAUUACAAGACAUGUUACGAAGACGACGAGGCGAAAGUGCAUUUGACAUAGACAAUAUUGUUAUUCCAUACAGUAUUGCAUCUUCAACUAGAGUAGAAAAGCUACAGUAUAAAGAAAUAAUUACUCCAAAGUGGCGUUUGAUUGAUGAAACAGUUGCAGAUAUGGAAGAAAAUGGAGGAAAGAUAAAAUCUGAAGAGAUGGAAGACACGUCGGACGCGUCGUACGCCGAACGGCACCAAAUCUGCGAGAUAGAGGAAAAGAAGAAAUUCGCCACGUCCUACACCAAGAACAAAGGCAUGGGACGCAGUCGCUCUCGAUCCCGCGGGGACCGGGCGGACAGCAGCGGGGCCAACACUCCCGACCCCCUCUCGCCCCACCAGUUGGACAUUUUGGGUCAGGAUUCGAAUUCCGGACUUGCCAUCAAUGCCUCCUCUCCCAUAAACGUGCUGCCUUCGACUUCGAUCCCGCUGUUCUUCGAGGACAGUCAGUCGAGCGUCGGGACACCGUGCUUUCGGACGGAGAGGAAGAGAACGAUGUCGCUUUCCAAGAGGGAGAGGUCGGAGGAGAUGCAGUGGGAGGCGGACGAGAUGUACGAAGCGGCCGCGCCCUACGAACCCUACGUCUUUCCUUUGCCGGACGACCUUUACAACAAAAUGCUGGACAAUUCUCCCCACCUGACCGACCACGUGGUGGCACCCUCGGAAAGUUUCGCGCGGACGCCUGUCAGCCAACCCGCUUCGCCCCUCUCGUCUACGGACAGCGAAUCCCUACCCGAAGAGGACCCCAGCGAUCCCGAAUGGACGGUGAUUUCGGAAAGGGGGUCGCACCAGUCUCUGGUGUUAAAACUAGCCAAGAGAUAAGACGAUUCGGUCGUUCGUUCUAUUUUUUUUUCUUUUUUAACGUUUGGCGGCCGUCAACACCGCAUUUAACACCAGGGCCGGCAUCCAUUCGAUCGUUGCGUAACGACGCGUAUACUUCGAGCGUAGUCUGCGUCUGAGCAAUAUUGUUUGACUAAACUUGUCGGAACCUAUACACGCUGAUAUGUAGUACAGGCUGUCCUUCGGGGCAUAUGUUCUGUACUUAUAUAUAUAUAUAAUUAUGUACAUAUACUACACAAUAUACAUAGAGAGCAGAUUGUUUUUUUUUUUUUCUUUCUUUUUCGUACGGCUUGCUGCAUCGAGCGAGACGAAUCCGAGCCGAUGCAUUCGUCGAGUCCGUUUUUAGCUUUAAAUUUUCGUUUGGUUUCGUCGCAAUCGGAUUUUGUUACGUUCGAAGGCUUUGUCGUACGUAGUAUUUGGAGACAUCAUUCCAGUUCCGGUCGAUCUAGUUUAAUUUUUAAAGUUGUGUUUUUUUUUUUUUUCCUAUGCAGUCGUACGAGAAGGCAUAUUCUGGAAAAUUUCCGAAAAAACCGAAAUUCCGGUCUUGAAUGCCACCUUGCAGCGGAUCUCGAAGCGAGAACGGCGGCGGCGACGACUUGCCUUAGCGACGAAUUCUCGCAUUUUCCUUGGCGUGCGCGUACGCGUGGCGUCGCGUCGCGUCCCUUCCUCUCGGUUGACUUUCGAAGUGAUAAAAAGGCGAUGCAAAUUCAUUCUGUAAAUCUCAUCAUUUAUAACUGUCAUAAAUAUACAUAUAAAUAAAAAAAAUACUGUGUACAGAGUCUUUUUUGUAGAAGUGCUUAAA